AUCACCAUUUCAAAUUUCAAACAUCCUCCCUCUCUCUCCCCCUUUCUUCUCCCAAUAACCUCUUUUUACAUUGCAUCUUUAUUUUCUCUCAGCAACCCUCUCUCUGUCUUAUUAUCUCCAGCUUUCUUCUCUCAGGCAAUUGAGCUGGUUCGAAGCUUCAAACUUUCGAAUCGAUUCUGUUCUCUGAGCUUCGGAAUUCGCAAUCUUUGUUUUGAUCUGUUUCAAAAGCUGCGAAAGUUUCGAAUUUGAUAGACUUGGCGAAGCAAGGUCUCGAUUUUAGCAGAUGGGUGGUUCAGGAAAUUGGAUUAAAUCUCUGAUAUCUCACAAGAAACCCGCCGCUGAUGAUCAGGACAAGCUGAGUGAUAAGAGCGGCAAGAAGAAAUGGAAGCUAUGGAGGACUUCAUCGGAGAGCUUCAUAUCUUCUUCUUCUUCAAAGGGUUUCAGGUACCGCAUCGGCGGCGGCAGCCAAGGAGCUCCGUCUCUGGGCUCAGAUCCGCCAUCUUUUUCUGCCGCCGAUGAGGCAUUCACGGCGGCCGUAGCUGCAGUCAUCAGAGCUCCUCCCAAGGAUUUUCUGGUGGUGAAGCGUGAGUGGGCCUCCACACGGAUCCAAGCCGCCUUCCGCGCCUUUUUGGCAAGAAGGGCGUUGAGAGCUCUGAGAGCUGUAGUGAGAAUUCAGGCAAUAUUUCGGGGAAGACAAGUCCGUAAACAAGCGGCUGUGACGCUGAGGUGUAUGCAAGCUCUUGUUCGUGUUCAAGCUCGUGUCCGAGCUCAUGCAAACAGAUUAUCUUCUGAUGGGCAAGAUUUGCAGAAUGUAUCUGACUUUACAGAUCCCACCAAGCAGGCCGAGGGUUGGUGCGAUAGCCCUGGAAGUGUAAAUGAAGUAAGAGCAAAGUUACAGAUGAAGCAAGAAGGAGCUAUCAAGAGGGAGAGAGCCAUCGCUUAUGCCCUCUCGCACCAGUCGAGAACGUGUCCAAGCCCGAAUGCAAGAGGGAACAAACAAGGAGGGUCUUCUUCCAAGCAGCAGAGGCCGUACAAGAGCAGUCCGGGUUGGAACUGGCUUGACCGGUGGGUGGCAACCAAGCCAUGGGAGCUCACUAACUCAUCAGAAGGUAUACUGGCAUCAUUGUCGAGGAAAAGCUGCGAGAGCAGCGUAUCUGAACAUGACACUGUACAUGUCAGGAAGAACAAUCUCACAACCAGAGUUCUUGCUAAGCCUCCUCCUCUGUUGUCUGGCUCGAGCUCUGAGACAUCAACCUCGUCUACAUCUCUGUCCCCUGUUUUAUACUCGGGCAGUCUACUCGAGGAGGAUGGUUAUUACAGAAAGCCGAGUUACAUGACCCUGACAGAAUCCACCAAAGCCAAGCAGAGGCAAUCUGGGCCAUCCUGUCCAAGAACACCGUCCCAGAAGAAACAGUCUGUGUCUUACAAUGGAGAUCUAAAGAGCAAUGCUGGUUCAGAUCCCUCCUGCAACCAGUGGACUGAUCUAUACCCACCGAAUCUGGUAUCCGGGAGACGGGUAUGGGUGAAGAGCCAACGAAACUAGAAAGAGAUGGGUUUUGUGAUCAUAUGACCGGAAAUACGCUUCAGCCACUUCAACAGCUUGUUGGUCUAUCUAUCUGUAUGGAACCAUUCCUGGGAACACACACGAAAUAUAGAUAUACAGGAAAACAACUUGUGUAAUCUUUUACCAUAUGAAUAUUAGAGAGUAAACUUUGACGAGGGUGAUGAUGUGAACUUAUAGAUCGUUUUGGCCACUUAGGCCAUUUUCUGAAGGUCUUUUCUUUGGCUUUUGGACAAAGCCACAGAGAACUGAAGUCGAGGUUUUGUAAUUUAGAUAGGUUUUUGUUUGUUUGUUAAGUCUGAACAUGAACUCAAAUGUUGGCUUGUUA